GGAAGCGUUUUUUUUGAAAAUUCGGGAGAUCAAUCUGAUUUUUCGAUUUACAUUAUCAGCUGGAGAAGUUUUGCGAAUGUUUGAAAGCAAGUGGAAUAAAAGGAACAAAACAUAUUUUAUGUUAAAACUCUCAUUGAUUAAUAAGCGUGAGUUUAAACUGGGUGCGCUGUUGGAUACAAGUCGGUAUAGCGAGACAGAACAAACCGAACGCUCAGAAGAGUACUACUAUAUUGAGGAACGUGAACAUCGGUUCAGAGACGACACAAGCUUCCGGAGGGAGGAAGUGGAAGGAUCUCGCGAGAGAGAAGGAGAAAAGAGGAAUAUUUUGUGGAAAGACCCUCGUAAGUCAGAACAUUUUGAGCCGGAGCGUCGACAGUCGAUUGGGCAGAGACAACAAAGAAGGGAAUCAUCAACAGAGGAACUGCAUCGGCGGGAUUUUCGUGAGGAAGAAGAAGAGCAAACAAGCCAUCAUCUAGAAGCAAAGGAAAAAGGAAGUCAAGGAAAAAAGUGGCGAGAACGAAUAGUUGAUAAGGAAGCUUUUGACAGAGAAAGUUGGCAAAAGAAGGUGCUCGGGGAGACCGAAAGAAGAGAAGAACAACACAAAGAAGCUAUUGAAAUAGAAAAACGAGAGAAAGAACGACGUCAACAAGAGAUUCGGGAACGGGAACUUCGGAACGAGGAACUGAGACGGCAAGAACUCGAGGAACGACAACGAAAUUAUCAACAGCAACGAAAACUUGUAUCACGUGAAGCUCAUACAGAAGGUCCCCAGUACGAGGACGGCGUUGCUGACGGCCAUCGGACCACUAUGCCAGUAGAUUACAGUCCGACAGAUUUUCGGCAGUCAUUGGCUGCUAUCGAUGCCGCUUCUCGUGAUGGAGUUCGUAUUUCUCGACAAGGUGAUACUACAAUAUUGACCGAGCAUCGUGAUCCGUAUUCGUUUUAUUGGCAACUAGAUCAAGCACGACGACGUGAGGAGGAGCCUAUGAGGGUUCCACCCCCGACAGACUAUGUCAUAGAUGAAGAAACUGUUGCCGAAACUGUAUUGUCCCCGGACAGUCAUGACAGUGGAAUAAAUGUCGAGCGAGAAAAUGUGGAAAGUCAGUACAGUAGGCCAAUACGUAUUGAAGAGCCUCCACCAAUGAAACCACUACCAGCCGGUUGGGAGAAACAUCAAGAUCCUUCCGGGUACUCGUAUUAUUGGCAUGUUGAUAGUGGUACUAUACAACGAGAGCCGCCGAGUGGGGAAACAGUUAUCCCACCACCCAGUGGACCAAAACCGUCACCGCCACAGCCCCCAUCAACUCGUGUUCAGGUACACAACCGUGAAAUCCAAGUUGACACCCCAUCACCAGCACCGCCUGUACAAAAGAUUAUUCAAAUGCCUCCGCAGCAGCCGGUGAUUGAAGAACAUGCUUUUAAGCAGACAACCACGAAGAGGCGGAUAGAGAAUGACGCACAGAGUGACAACGAUGGUGACGAUGAUGUUGGAAAACCAGUGAGAUUUGCUGUAAGGUCGCUUGGAUGGACCGAAAUUCCAGAAGAGGAUUUGACUGCAGAACGAAGUUCGAGAGCCGUCAAUAAAGCGAUAGUCGAUUUAAGUACAGGAAGAAACGAUAUUAUGGACAAUGUUUCGAAAUGGGGAGAUGGCCGGGAAUUGAUAAUGGAAUUGGACGAUAAUGACUUGACAUUAAUAGAUCCAGACACAAUGGCCGUCGUACAUUCUGAAAGAAUUCAACAAAUCAGAGUGUGGGGUGUCGGCAGAGACAAUGGGCGAGACUUUGCGUAUGUUGCGCGUGAUCGAAAUACUCGCCGCUUCAUGUGUCAUGUAUUUCGUUGCGACACACCAGCCAGAACCAUCGCUAAUACACUGCGUGAUAUUUGUAAGCGGUUAAUGCUUCAGCAUCGUCCGAACACUCUUGGCUCCUUAGAGCGACCGGAGAGACGUAUCAUUGCAAGAGAGUCAUCUCUCCCAACACCAAUCGAAGAACCAAAGAAAAUUAUAAGAUGUCAUUUCCUUGGAGUGACACAGGUUCCACGGGCUACAGGCAUAGAAAUUCUAAACGAAGCGGUGGACAGACUUGUUUCACAAGUUCUUCCUGAAAGGUGGAUUCUUGCUGAUGUCGCAAUUGCUCCUUCAACAAUCACAAUAUCCGAAGUGAAUGGGAACCAAAUUGCCCAGUGUCGAGUGCGGUACUUAUCAUUUUUGGGGAUAGGCAGGGAUGUCAAGCACUGCGCAUUUAUAAUGCACACAUCAUCAGAGAACUUCAUGUGCUACGUAUUUCAUGUGGAACCAUCUGCUGGAGCAAUGGCGAAGACAAUCGAGGCUGCAUGUAAACUGCGGUACCAGAAGGUUCUUGAUGCGCAUUCCAGCGGCCGUAUCCCACCACAUGGAAAGGUUUUUGAUCUUAACCCUGUCCUUCUCAUCGCAUACUUACUUUCCAAUCUGCAUGCAUACUAAAA